CCUAGAGCCGCCAUACUGUCUGUCUCACCUCGAUUCUCACAUCUUCUCCCCCACCUCAUCACUCCCUCCAUCAUCCAUACAACGACACAGAGCUUUCUAGCAUUCUUGUGUUACAUGAGCUGCUAGCACAGCUCUCGAGGCGCCGACGUCAUGGCUUCGACUGUACGCUGCCCACAAUACUCGUCGAUACUGUCGUCGGCAGCAAGGCAAACGUCGAGCCGAGCGAGCCGAGCUUUCUCCAGCUCGCCAUGCAGAGCAUCAUACGAUGAUACCGUUCAAAACUUGCGAAUAGGAAAGCACACGCGUGUUGUCUACCAAGGUUUCACAGGUCGAGUAGCAACGGGUAACGCAAAAGACUCUCUGGCCUAUGGAACGAAUAUUGUCGGAGGCGUCACUCCUGGCAAAGAGGGAGAACAUAUUGGCCUCCCUCUGCUGCCGGAUCUGCAUAGGGCCAUGACAGAGCUCAAGCCAGAUGCAACCGCAGUCUUCGUGGCAGCUCCACACUGUGGUCAGGCGAUUGAGCAGGCCAUCGAGGCCGAGAUCCCUUUGAUUGUUUCAGUCGCUGAGCACAUUCCCGUGCACGAUAUGAUGAGGGUUGCCAGCAUCCUCAAAACUCAGUCAAAGUCUCGACUCGUGGGAGCGAAUGCGCCUGGUAUCAUUGCACCCAUUGCUUUCUGCCGUAUCGGCUUUCAACCUUUGCCUACCUUCGCUCCCGGCCACAUUGGAAUUGCAGCCAAGUCAGGAACCCUCUCGUAUGAGGCUGUUGCAUCUAUCUCUCGAGCAGGUCUCGGCCAAAGUCUGGUAAUCGGCAUGGGGGGUGACAUCGUCGCCGGAACGAAUCUUGUGGAUGCACUGAGGGUCUUUGAGGCAGAUCCAGAGACCGAGGGCAUCGUGCUCAUUGGCGAAGUAGGAGGUCGAGCAGAAGAGGAUGCAGCAGACUGGAUCAAGGACUACCUCAAGCGUGAGAAAAAUCCCAAACCCAUCGCUGCUCUGGUCGGAGGCAAGUGUGCCAGGCCUAAUACCAUCAUGGGCCACGCUGGUGCUUGGGCUGCUCGAGGCGAAAGAGAUUCGCAUGGCAAAUAUAGCGUCCUGCAAGAGGCUGGUGCGACAAUGGUCGACCAUCCUGAGGACUUCGGUGGUGUCAUGAAAACCAUCCUCAAGCAAAGUGGACGAGACGUGAGCAAGAUCCAACAAAGUGUACAGUCCAACCAGAAGCGAGGAUACCAUACAUUGCGACGGAGCCCAGCGAUGCAACGAGCCGCUCGACGACCUACGGCCCAGCAAGGACCAGUGCUCAGGCCCAGACAAGAACAGCAACACCGAAACCUCUUCAUUGCCCCGGAGCUGACCCCUGUACCACUCUACCCGUAUCUUUCCAAAGUCAAAGGACUCACACUCUCUCUGGACGAGGCUCCCAAAGACAGCUACUACGUUGGAAUCAUCGUGGAUCGCACAGAACGUGGUCCAUGCAUUGCUGUUGCUCCCACCGGCGACUCUUCGCAGAUCGAUGCUCGCGUCAAGCGAUUUCCCUACGACUACCAAACAGGUCCAGCGCAAUCGGACAUCAACUCCGCAAUCGAAUACUUGCAAAUGACCUCUGCUCCUCAAACUGCAAAAGAGCAGGUAUCUCAACUCAUCUCCAGUCUCGCAACAAUGUAUAAAGAGAAGGAAGCCAUCAUUCUCAGCGGCUGUGUCUCGAUCGAUGGCUCAGGGAAUCUGAAACUUCACCAACCCUCCUUAACCCUCAUGUUCGACGAUUCCGCCUACCGCACCAAGAAACGCCAAGAAGACAUCCAUCGCCUCCGACAAAUAGAGAAGGAAGUCCCAGAGGAAGUUGAGGCAGAAGAAGAUGGCAUUGUCUAUGUAAAAUUCGAGAACGAACCAAAUGCCAACAUUGGGACGCUCGUCAAUGGAGCCGGUCUAGCCAUGAACACUGUCGACGCCCUCCGAUUACACGGCGGCAUCGCAACCAACUUCCUCGACACCGGAGGCAAAGCCACCUCUGAAACCGUCAAGAAGUCGUUCCAACUCAUCCUACAAGAUCCUCGCGUCAAGGUCAUCUUCGUCAAUAUCUUCGGUGGUCUGACCGAUGGUGGCAUGAUCGCGAAUGGUAUCUUACUUGCAUUCAAAGAGGUGGAUAUGAAGAACACGCCCGUGGUUGUUAGGAUAAGAGGAACGAAUGAGGAGGAAGGUCAAAGGAUCAUUGCGGAAAGCGGAUUGGGAUUGGAUGCUUUCGACAAGUUUGAGGAUGCUGCGAAGAGAGUGAUUGAGAUCGCCAAUAAAUAGAUAGCGUGACGGCUAGUGCGGAGUACGAUGUUGUGUAUAUAUUGCGAUUUUUCGCUUGUUGGAUAGGGCAUUUAGGGCGAGAUCCAGCAGCCCAGGAGAGUUGUAUUUGUCAAUAUCUAGCAAUAGAGGCUUGAGAGAAUGUAACGGCCGAGUUCUCAUUGC